AGGCCCGAGGUAAGAGCUGCCGUACGGGAGCAACAAUUCGAACAAUAUUCGACUGUAAUGAAACAUAACCAACGAGACUGGCUCAGCAGUGAUCUCAUCUCAUGUUCUUCAUUCAGAGAAAACCAAAGAUUUCAGCUUCGAGGAAGCUAAUGCUCAAGAGUCUGAUGGUGGCGAAGGCCAAGGAGGAACUAGAGCAAGAGAUCGUCGAUAAAGAGAGGGAGAAACAUAGCUACCUGGCCGAGAGAGCUCCGUCCCUCAACAUCGGCCACAUGAGCGUGGCGCAGUUGCAGGAUCUGUGCAGAGAGCUCCACGCCAAAAUCGACGCGGUAGAUGAGGAGCGCUACGACAUCGAGGCCAAAGUCAUGCUCAACACACGUGAGAUUAAAGAUCUGAGCAUUAAGGUGUUGGACCUGAGGGGCAAAUUCAAGAGGCCCGCCCUGCGGCGCGUUCGCGUGUCCGCCGACGCCAUCCUGCGCUCGCUGCUGGGCUCCAAGCAUAAAGUCUCCAUGGACCUCCGAGCCAACCUCAAGUCGGUCAAGAAAGAGGACACGGAGAAGAAGAGGCCAGUGGAGGACAGCGACUGGAGGAAAAACGUGGAGGCCAUGUCGGGCAUGGAGGGACGAAAGAAGAUGUUCGACGCUGCCAAAGGUUCCGCCCAGUGAACCCACAACCCGAGUUCCUCCCGCGUCUCACAAAGGAUUUCGGCUUCUUCGGUUAAUACGACACAAUGUCUGUAACUUCUCAGCUUUAUUUGAUGUGACUUGAUGAUAAGAUUAUUCGCCGAGCUUCGCGACUGCUUGUUUCUAUUGUCGUUCGAUAUGUAUUCGGAAACGUCGCCGUGGUGAUCAGUAACAGAAGUCGCAUCCUAAUAAAAUCAGUUCGGUUUA